AUGGGUGAUGCGGAUGGGAGAAGGAACGCACCGGAUCUCCCAGACGCAACAACGAAUGCAAGCGCACAUGCACGCCGCCGCCAGUUCGCGGCCGCUUUUGCUGCCUUUCCCUCGCCUGCCAGUGUCAGCAGUAGUGCUGUGAAUACGCCGGUUCUCGAGCGGCUGCCUAUUAAGUCUACCACCAACACCAACUUCUUCUCCUCUCGCCCUCGGGCCCCUACUGUGACUACUACACCUAGAAAUGAGCUGUGGGAGUCUGCUGUCUCGGCCGAACCUGACACCAUCUGCCAGGAAGCCGUCCUCACACCACCUGCGAACGACAUCUUGGAGCCUGGAUUGAAUAUGAUUGUCGGCGGCGCUCUGGCUCCUACGCAUGAGGCGAGACCUACCCUGCCCUCGCGGAGAAGUCGACUGGAUCUCCAGCUGCCGUCGUUCGAUAUGCUGGGUAUUGCCGCGCCGCAUCCGGAUCGCUACGGACUCGUGCCGCUGGAGAGUCUGCCGGCUGGAGACCUCACGCCUGGCUCGCUGGAACUCCCAGAGGGUACGGCGGAUCUCACCAGCACUCUGGGCGGGAUGAAGCUGGAGUCGCCGCUGCCUGCUCCCGCAGUUCGAAACCCGCUGAGCGAGAAGUUGCCGGGGACGGGUGUCAGGUCGCCGGCGCAGUAUAUUGGCGAUCCGCUCACGCCGCCGGAGGAGGUGCCUGAUAUUGAUUGGAAUCAUGCCGCGCUUGUUGAUCGGCCGGUGGCGUUCGCGGAUGAGCAGCCGUUGGGGAGGCCUUCGGCUUCAGAGCAGAGUCGGGCCGGGGCACAGAAUGCCCAGUCGGGGUCCGGACGGCCUCUGUCGGGACCUUUAGGGUCUGGUCAGUCUCCGCUGUGGUUUGACAGUGCUCUUCACACCAUUGUCGACGACCUGCGAUCUGCACCUAUACCGAACAGCGGUCUCCGAAUCCUGUCGCAUGCAUUGCCCAGUCCAUCGCCUAACGGGCACGUCUUCACCAGCGUCAUCACCGCUAUCCAGCAAGAAACGACUGCUGUGGAGUCAUGGAUCAAUGUCUUUCACGCGAUUCCAGGCCGCUUCAACCUCGCUGAUCUCCCCAGAUCACCACCUUCCACACCAGGUCCGGCUGUUGGGGGCACUGACUACUUCACCGAGAAGAUCUUCGACUCAGCAGUGUCGAUUGCAGACUACCAAGAAGACCUUUCGCAGCUGCCUAGGUCGCCUCGCACAGUCGUCCCGCCGUCGUCAGUCGACAUCAGCAUUGUUGAGCGAUACAUACCACCAACAUCAUCAAACGAGUUCAAAGAGAUGUUCCGCCUCGAAGGCCAGUCCAUCCUCGUCGACCGACUACGAGAACUCUCUACAAACAACGGCAGCCUCCUCUUCAUCUACCCCACCAAAACCGGCGGCCAGACCUUUAUGAGAGAAUACCUCAGCCCCGUCCUCGACCCCACCCUCCGCACCAUGGGCGUCGUCCACGGCCUCUCCUCCUCCAUGGCCACCACCCUCGGCGGCAUGGCCGCCGUCGAACGCCUCCCCGACCACGCCGCCUUCCAACACCAGCUCGAAACCCUCCUCGCCCGCAUCUCCCACGGCGGCCCCGCGAUCGAACGCCUCUUCGAACAACACCAUACCCCGCACCUCACACUCGCCUACGCGGCGCGGCAGACGGUGAUGCUGGACCGCGCGACGUGGGCGUCGUGCUGGUGGACGAAGCAGGAGAAGCCGCGGAUAAGAGAGGCGGUGACGCGGUACGCACGGGAGGCGCAGACGCGGAGCAGCAACGCGCAUGUGGAGCGGCCGCGGACGUCGACGGAGCUGCUGCAGGAGUUGCUGAAGGGAGUGGCGGAGAAGCCGUAUCCCGCUGGGCAGGGGCCGAGGCAUGGGAUUGAGGUUGGUGUGUUUGUGGUGAAGAGGUCGGCGUAG